GCAAAACUAGGGAAGAAUAAAAUAGGACAAUGGAAGCAAUCUGGUUGUAUCAGUUCAGACUUAUUGUGAUUGGAGAUUCCACUGUGGGGAAAUCAUGUCUGAUCCGCAGGUUCACAGAAGGCCGCUUUGCCCAGGUGUCUGAUCCCACCGUGGGAGUGGAUUUUUUCUCUAGGCUUGUGGAAAUUGAACCAGGAAAACGUAUCAAACUGCAAAUCUGGGAUACUGCUGGACAAGAGAGAUUCAGGUCCAUCACACGUGCCUAUUACAGAAAUUCAGUUGGAGGGCUUCUACUUUUUGAUAUCACCAACCGUCGCUCCUUUCAAAAUGUUCACGAGUGGCUAGAAGAAGCAAAGGCGCACGUGCAGCCAUAUCAGAUAGUCUUUGUGCUAGUGGGUCAUAAAUGCGACCUUGACACCCAACGCCAGGUGACAAGACAUGAGGCUGAAAAACUGGCUGCUGCCUAUGGCAUGAGAUAUAUUGAAACCUCAGCUCGGGACGCCAUCAAUGUAGAGAAAGCCUUCACAGAUCUGACUCGUGAUAUAUAUGAGCUGGUUAGAAAGGGAGAGAUAAAUAUCCAAGAAGGAUGGGAAGGGGUAAAAAGUGGGUUUGUCCCAAAUGUAGUGCACUCUUCAGAGGAAGUCAUUAAAUCGGAGAGGCGGUGCCUAUGCUAAUCAUUUACACAUUAAUUCUCAGACCACUAUUAUGAACUUUUUUAACAUAACACUGUUGUAACAAAUGUAUGUGGUGAAAGAUAGCAUAUAAGUGCUGGGCUCAUCACAGAUAGAAGAAAGAGCGGACAAAGAAUGAGUCAUUUUCAAAAACUCACUGAGAAAACACAUUUUAAAAAUGCUGGAAGUCUUUACAUUUCCAGCAAGGCCAAGUGUGCAUGUUUAUGUUUUAGGAGUUGGGAGUCAUAAGUCAACAAAAACAAAGGGUUUAAACCCAUUCCCAAUUAAUUUGAUCUGUGUAGUUUAAUGUCAGUAGUUAAAUACAGUGAGGUAAUACCACAGUAUAAUGGUAAUUAUAUAUAGUUCUAUACAAAAGCAGACCCUUUGUUUAAUGUGGAAAAACCAGGCCUCUAUUUCUUAAGUGUGUAAUUGCUAUGGCAAAAAAACAAAAUUGAUGGCCUUAUUUUCAAACACACUCAUAAUGUUUGACCCGUUUUCUUGGUUAGAAACUAAUCACAGACACAAAAAAAAUCUGAGGAUAUAGUGCUAUUGACUAAAACAAUAAUAUACCAAAAGGGCAGUUGGAAACACUGCAUGAUAGGCCAGUGGCAGCGGUGGGACUAUUUUGAAAAUGUCAAAAUUAUAUAGCCAUUUUGUUCUAAGUUUUUCCUUUUUUAUAUCAGUAGAAACGGGGUAUAAGACCAAAUAAGGUAUAAUGUCAUAUUGCACUAUUCUGUGGUGGGGGAACAACUAA